CGGCUGCUGUUAGCUUCGUGUGAUCCCGUAUUUUGACUAGACGUAAAAAUGAUGUAAUUCGGAGGAUUCUCGCACUGUUUUUCCUUGUAAACGAGCCCUGUAAUGUCGCUAUCUAUGCUAAGAAGCAUUUGCCGGCAGCAACAGCUCGUCCAUAAGCAGACAACAUUGGUCUGCUAUCGUUUUUGCCACCAGGAUCAGCAGAAAAGGAACGAUGGAAGCGUGCAACAGCCUCCGAACGCAAAGGAAAAGCUCGCAGUCAAGUACAGCCGAGAGAAUGUUAAACGGAAUGUUCAGGGCUACGUGUUCUCCCGGUUUUUUGACUACGUUAAAAACUAUGAUAAGGUCCUUGAGAAGAAGUUCCCUUCCGCUAUGCACGUCUACCGUGUAUUUCUGGUAGGAGUGAAGGAAUUUUUCAACGACAUGAAAAAGCUAGUCAAAAUCACUAAAAUAGUGUUUAUUAAUGAUAAUGAUCUACGAUGUUUGACCCGGAAGGAGAUCGAGCUGUACUACCAGAUGCCGAGGGACAUGAAGAAAGUUGCCCCAGUCCUGUUGGUUUCGGCGCUGCCGUUUGCCAACUACGUGGUGUUCCCAUUGGCAUACAUGUAUCCACGAACUUUUCUAACUCCUCAUUUUUGGUCGAUACAACAAAAACUAGAUUUUGCCCAACAGGAUCUGAAGCAGAGGCUACAAUAUAAUCGACGAGUUUUUCGCUGUAUGCAGUCAAAGCUGGACGUUUUGAAGAAGAUCGAUGACCCCUACUGUGAGAAAUUCGGAAACAUUCUGGGAUUGCUUGGCAGCGGUCUUCACCCGACGUCAGACGAGAUCCUGGACGUGAAGGACCUUUUUAAAAGGGCUCCAUUCCACCUGAACAACCUUACGUCGAAUCAUUUGAAAUAUCUGUGCAAGCUUCAUGACUUGAAUUCGGGAUUGAUGCGAAGGUACCGUCUGUCGGAACGAGCCUACGUUGUGCACCACAUGGAUCUGGCAAUCAAACGGGAAGGUGGAGUGCACAAUAUGCCGGUUGAAUCGCUAAAGCAUGCGUGUUUCGUUCGAGGUUUGAACGCAACCAAUUUGAGCACCGAAAGCAUGAUCGAUUGGUUGAACGAAUGGGUCAAAGUGUCCUUAAUCAUUAACCAAGACAACGUUAGCCUCUUUCUGCACCUUCCGAUUCUGCUCUCCUAUAACCACCCCAACAAUUGGAUACUCAUCCAUUGAAAAUGGAUACCAUUUACCGCUACGAAGGGAAGCUGUUGAAUUAUUAUUAUGUUUUA